UGUCAGUGUCAGUGACUGUUGGUGGUGUGGAGGUGACAGAAUUAUCGGAACUGAAAAAAAUCCCUCGACAUGACAGUUCUAAUUAUUUUUUAAACAUAAAUACAAACGGUGUAAUCAUCCAUAGCUUAGCCAAUUAACUCUGACAAUCUGAGGGGAAAAAAUAUAUGUAUUAUCAAUUAAAAUAAAAAAAAACUGUCCAGGGAAUCAUAGAAAAAGUUAUAAAGAAUGUUAAAUCUGUUGCUGACUUGGCUGAUGGGCGUCUCUGUGACGCUGGUAGCAGGGUGGCUGUCGUGGUGGUUCCUCUUGCGACCCACGCCCAUCCCGCCCACCGCCACCCACCCCUACGCCCGGCCCUCCGUUUUCUAUCCACUCAAGGUCCUCGUUUUCUAUUGCCUGGUGAAGUUCAGAAAGAGGACUGCCGGCUCCCCUGGCGAUGCGGGCUACGGCGCCAAGUCCCAUGACCGCGUCGAGCUCAUGGAACGGCCGCAGCCUCUCGCUCCCGCUCCCAAGGCCAUCGACGCCGUCUUCUUCUCCGGCCACGCCAGCGACGGCUGGGGCGUCAUCCUCGCCAUGGAGCGCCGACCCUCGAGGCUCACCUCCACCCUCGUCUACCUUAAGGUGCCGGGGGUCGGCCUCCUGGUAGCGCCCGCCCACCCGGACACCAUCGCCUUCCGGGGGGCGGCCGCCGAGGAGCGCUUCGAAGCGGGGGGCGUCGCCAUCGAGCCCGAGGCGCCCAUGAAGACCUGGAGACUCAGGUUCAGCGGCAAACUCAGGCGCUACGACCAGCCCGAAGGAGAGCUCUUCGACGUGAAGCUGGAGCUGCUGUGGUCGUCCGAUUUGCCUCACUUCGACUAUGACUCCGACAUGGACGUCCUGACGACCGCUAAGGCCUUCGCGUUGGAGACCUGGACCAGGAGUACUUCGACAGCCUGUCCGUCAGGGAAACUCCGGGAGUGGCGUCUGAUGCACCGGUACGUCUUCCACCACAUCUUCCUCGACGACGGCUCCAUGGGCGUCGUGGGCGUGGUCUGCCAGCCCUCCACGUGCUCCAGGUUGGUGCUGGGUCACUGGUGGAGCCGCGUGGGGGAGGGCGCCCCUGUGACCUGCGUCGACCUCCAGCUGCACGAGCACGGCGAAGGAGGGACGCCGCCCAAGGACUAUGCCUUCGCCUUCACUGCAGGCGGCGAGGAGCGCGUCGUUGAGGUCACCGUGGAGGAGUCUCCGGAGCAUUUCCUCGGCUGGGACUGGGAGGCGCGCAUGGUGGAGACGUGGGUCAAGUACUGCGUGAACGGCUCGCCAGGAAAGGGGAUUUGUGAAUGGAACUACCAGCACCUCGGCGGGAGACCCAAGGCCCUCACCGACGGAGACCCAGAGUGGACGAGGCCUUAUCGCACCAAGUAUCUCGCCGCUUAACGGGAGGGCAGCGCCGACGCCGGUGCCCUUCAUCGCUGGUGCCACUGCCAGUUGCAGGUCUUCUGUUGACAGCUGUUUAUACUAUCAGUGAUGUUUACAAUAUUAUCAACAAUAUUUACUAAUACCUACAAUGAUGUUUGCUUAUACUACCAAUGAUGCAUUAAUAAAAAUAAUGUAUGCUACUUAAAAUACACUGGACAACCUACCGACCUUCAAGUACCACCUGUAAGUGUAACCGGUUUCUGAAUUCAGGUAUUUAGCCUAGAUGUGCAUGGAUUAAUUCCUCGAUACCGGCCUGUGAUUCACUUCGCUAACAAUCAGAUCACAUGAUAUCCUGUAUUACCAGCUGUGAUUUCAAGGACCGUGCGUUUUGCUUUGUUUUACUUUUAUUUCUUCAUAUGCUUAGCCUGUGUCUUCCACAUGAUAAUCAUCUUUGAUGUUUUUUAUUAACCAGUAGACAUGUUUUUCAUAACAUACUGAAUGAUUAUAUGUCAAUACCAUUGAUUCGGAUGUU